AUGGAUCGUCCAGGCUGUGGAGAUUCGACGCUCGCGGACCGCAGUCUCGUUGACUGGCCUGCAGAUGUUGUGAGCCUCGCAGACCAUCUCAACAUUGAGCGCUUUAGCGUGCUCGGUGCUAGCGGAGGCGGACCAUACGCGUUGGCCUGCGCACGCUUCAUUCCCCAAAAACGACUUCGGGCGACGACUGUAGUGUGCGGUAUUGGACCAAUCGAGGCACUUCUAGACACUGUGCCCUAUCUAUCAUGGCGGCUCAUGGGUAUAACUCCAUGGCUGCUACGACAAGGGGCCCUCCGUGUCUUCCUACCUCACAUCCUCAUUCGUCCCUACCUCACUAGAGACCCGUCUCGCCUCAAGCGUGUCCUCGAAGACCAAGUCAAGACUCCAGAAGAGAAAGAGCAAUUUAGCGACAACAGCGGAGAGACCAAUCUUGAUGACGUUGUCGCAUCAUUACUUGAGGCUUUCAAGCAAGGCGCUGGCGGAUGCAUGCAGGAUGGUGCUGCGCUUACGAGAGAAUGGGGCUUUGAUCUGAAGGACGUAGACAGCGAACGGGUUUGGCUAGUACAUGGUGAUCAAGAUGCGCAGGCGCCGUUGAAGGUUGCGCAGUGGAUCGAUGAGAGAUUGGGGGGCGGAAGACUGCGGACGCUCGAGGGCAAGACACAUUUUACGAUCUGGAAGGAGCAUUCGGAGGAGAUAUUCCGACAAAGCGCUGAGGCGUAA